GCCUCCGGAUAGUUGACAAUUUCCAUCACCCAUUCAAAAUGAUGAAGUUUAUCUGCUUGCUUGCUCUUGUGGCAUUGGCUGCUGCAGCUCCACCACCGGCCAACGAAAAAAAGACUGAUGAUUUGGAAAAGUCCCAAACCGUUGGGUUGGGAUAUAGCGGCCUCGGCGGAAUCGGAUAUGGCAGCCUCGGAUACAGCAGCCUGGGGUAUAGUGGCCUCGGAUACAGUGGUCUUGGAUAUAGCAAUCUUGGAUCUGUUGUCCACACUGUUCCCACCGUAGUGCGCAGUGCCCCCGCUAUCGUUCACAGUGCCCCUACUAUUGUCCAUAGUACCCCCGCUGUUGUUCGCACUGUUCCAACCUACAACACCAUUGGUACUGUCGGAGUUGGUAUUGGCAGCGGAAUCGGACUCGGAUACAGCAAUGGAAUCGGUUUCGGAUACGGCCAUGGUAUCGGACUUGGGCAUAACCUGGUCUACUAAAUAGAUAACACAGACAAACGACAUUGAAUGAAUAAAUCAACAGCGCAGUUGCCCUAAUUUCUUGAA